GAAGAUUUCAGUUCCUUGUGAGAGGGAGAAGAGAGAGGGAGAGAGGGAGAGAAGAGAGAGAGGGGAGAAAGAGAAGAGAUAGAAAGGAGGAGAGAGAAAAAAGAAAGAGAGGUAGAGAGAGAGAAAGAGAGAGGAGGAGGAAAAUAAGAGAGUGUGAGUUUCGUUUUUUUGGUUUUCUCUCUCUCUUCUUCUGUCCGUUCUUGGAUUUUCUUAAGAAGGUGGGAAGAAGGAAGAGGAUUGAAGAAAGGAGAGAUAAAGAGGAGAAGGAAAGAUGAAGUUCUGCGUUCUAGUUUCCCUUCUCGCCUUCGGGGCCGUGGCGAAGGGCGACGGCGUGGCAAGCAGCAUCGAGUCCCUUAUCUCGAGCAUGAAGAACAGUUUCUCGGGCCUCAGUGCCAAGCGGGACCUCUGGUACGAGAACUACUCCACCAUGACCAAACUCACCCAGAGCGACACACUGCAGCUGGAAGAACUGCUUCUCGUUAGCAAAAUGGCCAUUCCCAUGAUCUGGUCGCUGUACGUGAACCAAGUCCAAGGACAGAAAGCUUACCUCAACCGCCUUGUGAAUGAGGAACUGUCUCAGUCUCUUCCCUUCCACGUGGAGUUCCCAUCACCACUUUUCCCCUAUUUCCACGUCGAGGCCACGCUCACGAUGGGAGAGUUGGAAGAUUUCCAGGUAGAAAUUUUACGGGAUGGUGACGUCAUCUAUUCUCUCGGGGUUGACUUCGACGAAAAGCGCGUGGUGCUGGGCGAGGCUCACGAGCAGAAUCGAAUCAUUCUUGAAGGCGAGGAUUUCCCGCCGUUCCAAGCAGCGCAGCCUUUUACGAUCAACGUGCAAAUCGCCGACGACUGCGCCUUCACCUCCCUUUGGAUGACGGAAAUGGACGCCAGCUUCCCCGUGCCUCUGCCUACUAAGCAUCACUGGUGCACGCAGGACUACCACCUAGCCAGCACCUUCAGCAUCAGGCUCAGCCAGGACGACCAGGGGUCCCCAGACUCGGCAGAAGACGACCAGAACGACUUCGGAGACGAACACCAGGAGAUUCAGCUCUUGGGUUUGACGGUGUAUGAUGGCGUCCUUAUUCAGUGAAUUCAUUGAUUUUCUUUUCUUUUUUUUUCUCUGUGUCUUGGGGUUUAACUAUCAAACUUGAUGUUUAUUUUAUUGAAGUUUUGUUUUUGCUCAUUAUUUUUUAAUAUAAAAAUGUAAAUCCCAGAAAAUUAUGCAUAUAUAUAUAUAUAUAUAUAUAUAUAUAUAUAUAUAUAUAUAUAUAUAUAUAUAUAUAUAUAUAUAUAUAUAUAUAUAUAUAUAUAUAUAUAUAUACAGACACAUACAUAUGUACUGGGACCACUUUGCUGCAUCUGUUUGUGAUAACCCAUUUUCUCUUCUGGUUAUUCAGUAAUAAAUUUUCCAGUAACA